AGCAAAGAGAAGCCUACCCUACUUUGUACAGUGCGUUAAAUUUACAUGCUACCACAAGAUACCGGCCUUCCUACUCAUCCCUCCCACCAUCCAUCUAACCUCUCUACCCUUUUCCCUCUCUUCUAACAACACCACACCACACCCUACACUCACAACCCCCCCUUCCACUUUAUCAAGUUAUUACAACUUCCACCAUCCUGUUACCGAUAUCUGCCCACUUCAGAGCAAGUCUUCUAUCUCCUGCUCCUCCUCUGUUAUUCUUUCGAAUAGUUUUUUCUCUUCACAACAACCACAAUGUCUGAUCUUGACAACUCUACGCCAGAGGGGGCGGCUGUUCAGAUCAUUAACGGAUCUCAUCCCACCAUCCAGAACGCUAAGGCCGACUUUUCAGGUCUUGCCAACUCUACGUCUUCUCAGGACAGUGAUACCACUGAUAGUGAUCAGCCUCUCACUCACUACCACAGCUUCUUCUAUGAUCUUUUCACCUGGAAAUUCCCACGUGCAACCGGAUUCUUCUUUUUCGCUGCGAUUUCUUUAAUUUUCGCCUUCCGUUUCGUCAAUGUUCUUCGCUAUGUUUUCAAGGCUACCUAUAUCCUCUUUUUCCUUGUGACUUUUCUAGAAAUUGCCUCUAAGCCUUUUGGCACGAGAGGAUUUAUUUCAUCAAUCCGGCCAAAACCGUAUUACACUAUUCCGAGGGACUCACUCGACCGGCUAUUCGGGGAGCUUCACGAUCUCUUGAACUUUUUCGCUCUCGAAUUCCAGAGGGUCUUGUUUGCUGAGAAUAUCUUUGCUACCGUGGUGGCAUCCUUCGUUUCGUUCAUCGGAUAUUUCCUUAUAAAGUACAUCCCAUUAUGGGCUCUAUCACUCCUCACAACCAUUACUGCUUUUACUGCCCCCUUGAUCUAUCUCCAGAAUCAGGAGGUUAUUGAUGAACAGAUUCAAUGGGCCAAUGAAUACGCCAAUGCCCAAUUGGCCAACGGUCGCCAGAUAGCUGAGAAGUAUAUCGACGAUGCCAGUGUGCGCGCCCGUGCCACUGCUUCUGAACUUACCCAAAAGGUUCAAGGCUACGCCGGAAAGAAGUCUCCUGCUACGGAAAAAUCGCAGGCAUCUUCACUCCCUGAGAACAACAGCCCCUCCCAUGAAUUUCCUGAUGUGCCCAAGUCUGGUUUUCCAGCAGUCGAUGGCGAGAGUGAUGUUAAGGCUGCCGCUCCUGAGCCUAUAGUUGCCUAAGUUGUUCAGAGACGAAAUCUUCAUUUUUCGAAGAAUUUGGGUGGAUGUCGAGCGUUGGGUAGGGGUCGGGCGACAUUCAAUGAGAAAAACUGACACUGACACUUUAAAAUUCAAUUUCUAAGUGGAUAGUGCGGAGAACAAAAUUCCGGGGGAUAUUGAUGUAGUUUUCUUUCUCGCUUCUUCUACCUUUUUCCUUUACCCUCUUUCAAGUUUUUUUUUUUUUUGUGAAAAUCUCCUGAACGUGAACGCUAUCGGGAAUGGUUGGUUUGAGGGCUAAAAAGGCCCGUCACGUUGUUCUAUUUAUUAAACUGCACCAUUUCUAAGUUACGGUGCUGCUUUGGUGUCAUUUGAUAGGCAACGAUGCGGAGGGUGCACCCGUCUUUUACCUGGGGCUUUUUAUUUCUGCUUUGGUCUAUGGAACGCUGUGCUGGUCGUCGUUGGAGUGCUGUCUGCCUAUUUCCCACUUCGCUGCCUGUUGUCGCUGUUGGCUCUUCCUUCCCUAACUACCUCAAUUGCUUCUUGUAUUGUGGUAGCCUGAUAGUGCAGCUUUGUUAAUGGCACAAUUGCUCAGGUGUUCUUUACAUUUCUCGUAUCAAGUGAUCGCCGUACGGUACUUGUGUCGUACUGGCUGGAUGGUCUUUUUUCUCCC